AUGCCUUCCCCACAGAACCCCAAGAGAAAAGAACAUGCUGUUAUCAACAACAAACGCAGGAAAUUUGAUACCCAGCAGAUGAAGAAUAGCCACGACCACGGCCUCGACACCAAUGGACCUGUUGGACCUCUAAAGCCCAAAACCGAAAAGACGAAAGCUUCAAAUACUAAUUCGGCUCUCGCCUGCGCCGUCAUUCGAAGCGGGUCUGAUAAAAACUUCAAUGAAGUACAUACAGUGUCCCCUUCAUCUCCUGACCUGCACCAAAGUGAUAUACAUCCAGCCGUGUCGGCUGAAGUACCAAUUGAAGAAUCAUGUGAACAUCACGAAUCCGACACGCUCACCGGAUCCUCUUCGCACAUUGGCAAUACACCGAAUAGAAAGGAGGUAUCAUCUCGACGAAGGCUCGUGGAUGCACUGAGUGCGAUGGAGCAUUCAGGAAGGGGUUCUUUGGUGAACUCGGAAACUGAUGGUGAUACAGAAGCUUGUUUGCUACCUCAAUACGCUUCCAAGAAAAACUUGUCGGCAGGUACUCGGCCGAAUAUCCAGUCUCGAAGAAGUGCUGGCUGGUUCGCAGGCGACACGGCUUCAAAGUCGUCAAUUUCGAUACCAAGCGGCCUUGGGGACUCUAGGAUCACAUACGCACGGCAGCGAUCAUUUCUGAACGAUGCCCAUAUAUUGGGCGGCUCCCAGCACCAGGACACACCCAACCUGCCAGCGAGCUACUCCAACCGAGGCCUGCGACAACUAGCGCACGAGAAUUCCCCCAACAUCACCCCACAACUCGGUGAUGAUAUUGGCGGGGAUGGUCCUGUACGCGGUAUUCACGAGCUCAGACAAGCAGGAGAGAAUUCUCGCUUUCAGAGCGUUAUUGAUUCGAUUUUCGAGGAUAUUGAGGACUCGUGCAAUUCGACUUCGGGCAAAUGUAGUAGCUUUAUCCAGUUGUGCGAGAAGCUUUUGGAUCCUCAUCUUGUGCGCUGUUUUAGCGAACAUGAUUUUCAUGAACGCCUUCUGAGAUGCAUGGCUGGUGAUCUGGACUACUUAUCUGCCUCGUUUGCACUGUGCGCCUGCAGAUUAAGUAGAGUGUAUGAUGUGGUAUCCCAGACAUUGUUGACGCGACACUGGUCGAAUGUUCUGAAUCUUUCAUGCCUAUUGAUACUUCAUGUGGGCAGUGACAGGCCGCUGCUAUCGGCCACGCUCUCUGCCGGAGUAUCGAGGCCCAUCCGGCAGACAGUGAAGAACAUACAACCACGUUUAUCCUUUGUUAUCAGCGGAGAGGAUCCGCACCUGAUAAUCUCUCCUCGUUCUAUAGCUCUCUUCAGUAUUCAGUCCUGCCUUACAAAGUUUCGCGAUGGGGCCAGCAACAUUGAAUCAAUGCCCGCACCCCUGCUGAAGGCGCUUGUUGAGCUGCUACUCCAACAGAAAAAGGGAACCAUGGCAGCAGCUUCAUUGCCUCCGGAGGAAUUCAGAACAUUGGUCUUAACUUUGUCUAUACUCGAAUCUUACGCGAUCUUAUCAAAACCAGACGGACACAGCCAGAAUUAUCCCUCUCUACGUCUACUUCCCCAGCUCCACCACUUUCUUCGCUUCAACCAGUGUGAAAAGGGCCGACAGCUUCGCACUCACUAUAUCCGGACAAUAUUAAAUUUCACCAACCGAGAUUUUUACCUUUCCAAUGAAUACUCCACACCCGAAAUGGUCGGGGGUUUGGUCGAAAUCGCCGUUUCUCAAAUCAGGGAUGCAUCCGAGGAAGAACUUUCGGGGCUGGAUGAUUCGUUGAGCACGUCUGUCUUAGCCUUGGGGGUACUUAUCAAUUUGACGGAGAAAAGCGAACUGGCGAGAUCUAUGUUUCUACGCCCCACUUCUGGCUCGCUGUCAUAUAUUCAGUUGCUCCUUGAUAUCUUUUUUGGGAUGGUACAUCCUCUUCGCAAUAUUAACCAAGACAUUGCCAUUGGUUAUUUGUCUAUCCUACUGCUCACCCUUUGUUUAUCUGCAGAGGCAGUCACCCAAGUAAGGGAGUCACAGCAGAACAAUGGGCUCACUAUAAUAUCGUCGACAGCAGAUGAGUUCUUACGGUACCACCAGAAGAUUGAGCCUUGGUCAAAAACACAGGAAAGAGGAAACCUGGGGCCUAUGACAAGACUUGAGUACAUAAUACGUCAGGUGAAGCAGUCUACAUCUUAA